AUGUGGUGGCGCUCUUCUCGUCUUCCUCUCCUCCUCCUUUUCUCUUUCCUCACCCUCUCGGUGGGGAGAGCAGCAGGGUCAGGAUUCAGGAUCUGCUCCUACAAUUUGCAGAAUUUCAACCUAAAGAAAGCUGCAAGCUACAGACUGAUACACACUCUGACACGGGUUGUGUCUCGCUGUGAUAUCUGUCUCCUGCAGGACGUGAUAGAUUCUGACGGUAAAGCCAUCCAAACUCUACUGUCGUCUCUCAACAGGGGAACUGACAGGUAUGACGAUGACUACUCCUACCGGUCAGUGUCCAGUAAGGGUCUGGGAAAGUCUCCGGACGACAUGCAGCAGUACGUCUUCCUCUACAGGACACAGACCGUGAGUGUGAUGGAUCAGUAUCAGUACAAGAGCAAACAGUCCUUCGUCAGAGAGCCGUUCGUCGUUCAGUUCCAAGGCAACAGCACCGCAAUAAAGAAGUUUAUUUUGGUUCCUCUCCACACUGAUCCCGCUCAGGCCAUCCAGGAGAUCGACCGGCUGUACGACGUCUUUGAGGAAGUCAGCAAGAAAUGGAACAACAAGAACGUGAUGUUCCUGGGAGAUUUCCACGCCAGCUGUGCCUACGUGACCCGAACCGACAAGAAGAAAAUCAGACUGUUCACCAAUUCAAAUUUCUCCUGGCUGAUUGGAGACAAAGUGGACACCACCGUCAACGACGAGACCAACUGUGCUUAUGACAGGAUCGUGGUGUACGGGAAACCUUUCCUGAAGGCGAUCAUGCCGUUCUCUGCGAAAGUCUACAACUUUGCCAAAGAGCUCAAACUCUCCAAGACCAAGGUGCUGGAGGUGAGCGACCACUUCCCUGUGGAGGUGAGACUUAAGAGCUCCGCCCUUCUCCUGCAGGCCACGCCCCUCCCGAUCCUCCUCGCCGUCUCCGCAGUCGUCCAGUCCUUCCUGUCUGCCCUUUUCGCCCGUCGGUCGGAUAAAUACCAGUAGCGCUGUGCUCACCGGGUUUUCACCAGAGAGAGACAAACCUGCUUCCCCCGUCUCCCCCACCCACCGUGAGAUGUGGUAGAAAGCUGAUAUACGUAAGCUGAUUUUUAGAGACAAUGUUUCCUCAUCUUCUCAUGUGUCCGUCGGUUGCCACCUCAGGUCUGUUUGACUUUGUACAGAAACUGAUGUAAAUAUUUGGAAUAUGACAGGUAUAUUUUAUGACAUUUAUCGUUUGUGUGUUUUUAAUAGUCAGUAAAGUUUUGUACGUUGAAAUGUGAAACGUGGAUGGAUCAGUCAUUGUUGUCACUGCAUGGAGCCUGUUGACUUUUACAAUAGAAAAGCUUUCUCACAUCAUAGAAAGCAAAUGCACACACACAGAAAUCUGUCAAAUGUUUCUGGAAGAUCGAAACAUUUGAGCUGAGUUGACUUCACUUUUGUGGCCGUUACCACGAAAACGUGGUGAGCUCUCGGUGCAGGGAAGGCGGGACAACAUUCAACACGGCAUAAUAAAAUCAUCAUGUAAACAAAUCAUAUUUAAAUACACAAACUACCAGAAAUAUAAAAGAUAAGCUACAGCUCAGAAGUCAAAUAAGUUAAAUGUGUUUAAAUAUGCAAAAUAUCACAAAUAACUUAAGUUAAAAACCAAAGGUACCUGAACAUUAGGUUUAUCAUUCCAGAGUCAAACUCCGAAUAAGUCAGAAUUGUUGAAUUUCUCAGAAGAUUUUAUUUGAAGUAAAUAAUAUUAUCGUAACAGACAAAUGUCAGAGUUAGAAAGCAAUAUGCAGGACGUCACCCUA